GCAGAUUCAGUCGAAAUGUGACUGACGUCGUGAGUACUUUUAUCUAGCGGAGCGUAAAACAAGAACUCGUAUAAAAAAAUUACAUAUUUCCUAAUUAUUUAUCGCGAGUUUAUCAUUUAAAAGUAAAGUGUAAAAAAUAAGUACAUACUAUUAUUUAUCAGUAAACGUACCUUUUAUAUAUUAUGUUGUGAUAGCGGUAGUAACAAUAAAGUUAGAUAAAACUCGUUUUCUCUUAAAUUAUUAUUGUUAAGUAAUGUGUUAUUAGUGCGAAAUAAUCUUUUUAAGGAUUACGUCGAAUUGUCAAGUACGCGGAUCUAUCUUUAGCCAGGCAUAAAUAUUUAUUUUUUCGAGUCUUCAGCAAUGAAAUCCCCUCCGCCGUCCGUAGAAACCGAUGACUGCGAUGAUAUUUUCGGCCCUCCCCGUACUUAUCCUGGUGGAUACUGUCCCCCGAAGAACCGCCCUUCUAUGAUCUCACCCAAGUACCGUCUUAAAGAAGAACGAAGGAAAGUACUAAAAAUUAGUCUUAAUAAACUGAAGAAAAUCGAAGAUGCCGAGAGAAGUUUAUGUCGUUCGGUACUAAUAAAUAAUACAGUGAAACGUUUACAGCAGGAAAUCAAGGAAGAAAAAUGUCAAAAAUAUUUCAAUUAUCCUCGUUGUUUUGACAAUUACAUGAGUUUAAAGAAUGAGAGAAAUGAAGAGAAUCAAUUGAUACCUGCGGAAACAUAUACCAUAGAUAACGAUUUGGACACCGUUAACAAAGAUGUUCUGACUAUCGUAGAAGAGAAUUUGAACGGUUUAAAUAGUUCAGAGAGUUAUCAAUAUUCUGAUACUUCCACGGAGAAUACCACCUGCGGGGAUAGAUUAUCUUCUAGGAAACGUUCAUUCGACGAUAUGGAGGACUGUGAUGUGCAAGACGUACUUUCCCAAUUCUACAUGCCGCCAACUCCCAGGAUGCUGACCUGCAUAGAUGACGACGAAGAUGUCAACGUCGUCGACGACGAACCGUCGUCACCUAAAAAGGUUAAACCCGAUUCAGAGCAAUCAGAUUCUGAGAAAAAUAGUUGUGAUAGUUCCGUAGCCAAUUUUAAUAAUGUUUUACAAAACAAUACACAGGAAUCGCGUUUAAGGUACUCGAAUUCAAGCGAAAACGAUAAUUCGUUAAGUUGUGGACAAGCGUCGAUGUUUAGUGAAUACCAAAGUAAUGUUUUUCACAACUUAAUCGCUUCUUUGGAAACGUAGUGUUUUAUAGAAAAGCAUAGACGAUUACAAUAACUUUUUUUAUGUGAUAUUUAGAUUCAAUUCUAAUUGGUUAAUUUUUAUUUUAACUAUUUAAUUUAUUGUAAUAACAGGAUAUAUCAACAAAGUUUUUUUAUCUAAUUAGUUCUACCUUAAUCUAUUCUAAACUGUACCCAAUGAUUAUGUAUAUUAAGGGUUUCUAUUAGCUUUUUUGUCAUAUUCAAAGGUCCUGUCGUAAUUUUUUUUAUUUUUUAACUUUGUUAUAGUAUUUAUUAAACAUUUCUACUCCAUGAAAAGAGUUUGUUACACUUUUUUAUCAUUUUUAUUGAAACUUACUUUUAAUAUUUCCAUACUUUGAUAUUUUGAUGGUUUAUAAAAAAUUUUAGUCAUUCAUGCACGAGCUAUUUCUAAAAUUGCAUAUUUUAUUAGUUCAGACAACUUUUUUGUCAUAUUUAUUGUAAUGUUUCUUUUUUAUUGUCAAAAUUUGUGAAAAUUUCGAUUGUUUAUUGAAAAUUUUAGUUCACGAGUGGCACACCGUUUCAAUACCAAAAAUUAGUGUUAAAGUAAAACAAAGGCUUAACUGCUAAAAUUUUACAAGAGAAACAAACUAUGUCUUCAAUUAUGCAAUAACAAAUAAUUAAUAUAUGUUAUUCAAUUAAAUUUUUGUUAAUAGCUGUAAAUUAGUGUCCUGCUUCAGAAGCCUCAUUAAAAAAAAGAAUAUAAGCCAAUUGUGUGUUUUUUGUAAUUGCGUCUAUAUUUCUUAGACUUAAAAUUAUCCAAACGCAAAAUAUUCUUUUCCGUUGGCUUUGAAAAUGGCUAAGGAACAAAAAAUGCGUGGUUGAGGUGGCAGAAGGAAACUGAUUUGAAAAAAAAAUAAUAACGGGAAUUUUAAGAAUCUUUGGCCUACCUACCAGGUAUAACAACAGCCAAUUCUGUAAUUUUUUGGUCGACAAUACAAUUAAUUAGGUACAAACAAUGAUCCACUUCCUACUUUCCUUUAAAACACGCCGAAUUUAACAAAUAGUAUUUAAUAACAUUAUAUAUUACAGUUUUUGAUCACGGUACCUUUCUAUUUUUCACAAAGAGCUUCCAAGUAUUUGAAAUUAUCUUCAUUUAAUUAGUUUUGAAGUUGGUACUAUCGUCCCUAUGAAACCCCAUCAUCUAUUGUCAAUUCGUUGGAAUUUGGGGCCAAAUCAAAAGAUUCCCGAAAAUGUUUAUGUCGAAUAGUUGUUUUCAGCGGAUACUAAAAAAAAACAAAUUACCUUUAUAAAACUUACUCCUCAUUGAGUGAAAGGAUUAAAACAAUUCUAGUUGAAAUAAAAUUGAAAAGAACGACACGGAACUAAGAUUUUGAUAAAUAAAGGAAAACAAUUGGAUAGUGCAAUUUUAGAAACGGUGCUGUUAUUGAUGAUGACCACGGAGAUUUCCUUUUUAACCUUAUAGAACCGGAAAUUUUUAUAGAAACAGAACAGAAUAAAGUUUUUUUCCCGUGUCACUAAAUCUUACCAUAUGAUCCAAAAUCACCACCCUACACAGAAAAAACCGUGGUCUAAUUUUAAUCUUAGUAACACGGAAAUUUUAAAACUAAACCAACCUAACCUAAUCUAAUGAUCCGUAUCCAAUUGCCACGGACUUACUUAGGCUAUUCUUACAAUCAAAUUAUUUAUUAAUAAAUUUUUUGUAUAAUUAGUUCUAAAUGAAUGUCAGGUUUCAUUUGUAGGUGGUAUUUAUUCGUGGAUGAUAUUUUAACCCGGUGUUAUAUAGGUGGACAAUUCUUACACCAGUACAUAUUUGGGGUCUGUGAAAACCCAUUUUCCAAACUUUAAAAUUUCCUUUGACUUCAAAUUUUCAAAUAUUUUACACUUAAGCAAUCAUCUAGAAAUCAAAAUAACUCAAAAAAAUACUUUAUCAAAAAUUUAUUUAGAGAAAAAAACUAAAUAAAAGAACCAUGUGUAUUUUGGCCUGCUGAACAACAUUUUCUAAAAAUCAGUUAAACAAAAAUAAAAA